UUUUGCCGUGAAAUCAAACGUGUAAAAAAGACCUUUUGCCUGUGACAUUUACGGGUUAGGUAUUUCUAUUUGACAUUUUCGUAGUUUGUUACACUUUUGUGGAAGUCAAAACGAGGAACGAUCAGCUGACGACUGAAUGAACUUGACAACACACAAGAUCAUCAGCACUCAGUCAACAUGAAUCACACCGGCAGUGCUACAUGUAAGUGAAAUAAAAGUGCCGUCAGUAUGCCAGCAAAACUGAGGGUGAUGAUCCGCCUUGCCCGGCAUGGUUGCACAAAUCGACCCUUUUACCACGUGGUGGCAAUCCACAACCGACGAAGCCGUAAUAGUGGGGCUUACCUGGAACAGCUGGGCACCUAUGACCCCAUGCCUAACAAUCACAAUGAGAAACUUGUCAGCUUCAACUUUGAGAGGGUCAAGUACUGGUUGGCCAAGGGGGCUACACCAACUAGACCAGUUGCUAUGCUACUUGGUUUGUCUGGUUUCCUGCCUCUUCACCCAAUGAGCACUGUGCUAGCAAGAAGAGCCCAGGCUAAGGCUGAGGAGAAAGCUAAGAAGGCAGCAGAGGAGGCAAAGCAAGAAGAGGAGGAGAUGAGCUGAUGCUGCCAUGGCAACCAAACUGCAUCAAAACUCCAGCUUGUGUGGAAAUUCCAAUUUACCAACUUCAGGAAAAAGCAAUCAUUUAGGAAAGGGAGUUUACCAGCCAAAACUAUUCACACCUUGUGUUUUACAUUGAGUGCAACUGGUUCGCAGCGGACUGUGCUUUUUUGUGCAUACAUGUACAUGUAUGCAUGUAUGCUUAACAGUAUUUUCUGCCAAGAAGCUCCAUAGAAAUGGACCAAGCUCAUGAAUUGCAGUUUGUGGAAAGAUCUGCAUAACUGUGGUUUACUGUCCUUGAAAGGCCUGUAUUGGAGCAUUGAGGAAGUCCUUCCUCCAUGGUUGGAAUUAACAGCAGUGUGUAUGAGACAUUUUGGGAGAUGUGUACAUAGGGAAAUACCCAAUUUUGUUUGCUUUUUGCAGACAUUAGAUUUGUAAAAUUAAAUGAAUGCCAUUUGAUUCAUAGAUUAUGGAAAACAGAAGCCCAAAUCCUUGCUUUAACUAAGUAGAAGUCGUGCCAGUUUUUACUUGGGGAAGUGUACUAGUUUCAAUGGGAAUCUUUUUCUGUGAAUACCUUUUUCAUUACCCAUGAGACUUCUGUGUGCAAAGUAGGUGUUUAAAUUUGAGAUGGUUGACUGUGAAAUUGAAAUGUGGCCAGCGUGACACAGUCACAAUACUUCAUAGUUGUUAACUGCACUCAGAAUUUCCCAGUGAAAUGAGAAGGGAAAGGAAUGGUAAUUUUGGUAUGCACUGUGUUGAGGCUUUGCAAAGCUGGCUUUUCAGCCUGUGCAAUUUUGGGAAAUAUCCAGGAAACUCUGAUUCUUCUGGAAAUAAAUUUAUAUUUCAAAACAUGUACAUGCAUACAUUUGUGAGUUUGGAUUUUUUGCAUAUUGAGACCUAAUAAAAGUUGUAGAUAAUAAUUUUCAAGCAUUCUUGUGGCUAUCUAUAAAGACGCUGUCCUGUUCCUUCAAUUACAUGUACUAUGAACACUGUAUGUUAAAGAUGGGUGAUGAAAACUUUCUGUACUGCAGAAUAAAAUUGUGUACAAAACAGCAA